GCGUUUUUUUAAAUAAAGUAUAACAAUAUAACAAAGCUCAAAUAUAGGCACGAGGCUCUGUGUAAACGUUUGAAUUAUAUUUUCCUUAAAUUCCCUCAGUGAAGCUAAAAAGCCGAGAGGUUGAAAUAAAGUAACUUUUUAUAAAACCUUACAACAAAAACUAACAAUUAUGACAGAGGAGGUUAAUCCCAAAGCUUUUCCCCUUGCUGAUCCAGCAUUAACAACAAAAAUUUUAAAUUUGGUGCAACAAUCUUUAAAUUUCAGUCAGCUAAGAAAAGGGGCUAAUGAAGCAACAAAAACUUUAAAUCGUGGUUUGGCAGAAUUUAUUGUUUUGGCCGCAGAUACCAAACCUAUUGAAAUUUUACUACAUUUACCUUUGCUUUGUGAAGAUAAGAAUGUUCCUUAUGUUUUCGUUCGAUCUAAACAGGCACUCGGUCGUGCUUGUGGGGUUUCUCGUCCAAUUGUUGCUUGUUCAGUUACUGCAAAUGAAGGAUCCCAAUUAAAAACCCAAAUUCAAACAAUACAACAAGAAAUCGAAAGACUUCUUAUUUAAAAGUCAAUAAACAUUCAUUUUAAAUAUAGAUUUUAAGUAUUUUUGAUAAGAAAUAAAAUUUUCUUUAUAAAUAA